AUGCAGCCUCAUCACCUGGCACCUGUUGUUUCCAAAUCGGAAGAAAAAAAGUACCGUCAGAAAUGUAAAGAUCUCAAAGCUCGAAUUCAGGAGAUUCAAGAUGACAAUGCUGCUCUGAAUUCCAAAUUAGAGGCCGUGAAAAGAGCAAUUCGGCGGGCUCGACUUGAGCGUGCAUUUUUGCUCGAACAAGUUGAGAAGGCUUCUGUGCGUAAAGCCGAACAGCUUGGCCAAGUGUUGGAAAUUCCUCCCCCUCCACCGCCAGCAGAAACCAUAAAGAUUCGCUUCAACAUGGGAGGUGCUUCUUCGGUAAAAAAUACCACAGACGGAGAGUUUACUGAGUCUCAAAAUGAUGGUAGCAACCUAGCAGCUCAGUGA